AUGGAGGUCCCCCGAUCCCGCCGCCGCAUUAGGCACUCCCCACCGCCGCCGCCACCGGCACAGGGUUGUACGGGAGGAGAUGACCUCAUUAGCACGCUCCCAGAUGACAUGCUCCUCCAGAUCCUCGCGUGCCUCGGCUGCGCUGGCGCCGCCGCAUGCACCGGCGUGCUCGCGUGCCGGUGGCGCAACCUCUGGAUCCAUCUCCCCGGGCUCAUCUUUCGCGAUGUCCCGGUCGGCAAGGUGCAGGCGGCGCUCACCCGCAUCGCGUGUCGCCGUGCAGGUAUGUCCGUCUCUGCCCUCGACAUCCAUCUCGCGAGGAGUGUGCCGCCGGAGGCUGCCAGGCACGACGAAGCGCUUGCCAAAAAGUUGUUGCGCAAGGCCGUCCGGCUCUCCCCGGAGGAGCUCAUCUUUGUCCUCUCCCGGUCUUCUAUAAGAAAGCCAGGGCGUCGCGUCGAAAUCACCAUGCCUUGCUUCCUCCACGCCACCUCCAUCGAGCUGGACACAUACUUCCUCCAGAUCCAGCCACCGGACAACCAGAUCCUUCCUGCUCUUGAGAAGCUCUCUCUCCCCGGAAACAUUGUUGACAUUGGCGCCUGUCUCAACCAGUGCCCGCGCCUGCGCGUGCUCAGGGUCACCUUCCGUGGGGUCUCGCCUGUCUUGCUCGAAGAGUCGCUCACCGCACUAGAAGCUGCUGUGGCGCUCGGACUCACGGUGUCCCUCUUGCGCAUCGAGUUCGAUCUCUAUAAUGGGGGACACACUGCUGAUGGAGAUCAAUUUGCCUCCCUUCUCCAUGUUGCGGCAAGGGUCUCUCCACAAGAGCUUGUCCUUGUUAAUAGCUUCAACGAAUAUUUUACUGCUGAGCUGCCGUGCUUUCCCCGCACGAAGUCAAUCGAGAUGUGGUUGUGCUCCGUCUGCUUCACUCAGGUGACGGAAGAUAAAUUCUUGGCACUUGAGAGGUUGUCCCUCCAACGCUACCGUUGCACCAUCCUCGAUCUUGACAACAUGGUUGCCCGUUGUCCACGCCUACGCGUGCUCAAGGUGAAUGCGGAUAGAUCUGCACAAGUUGUUACAAUCCGCUCAACAUCGUUGCAGGAGCUUGAGCUUAGUAUCGAUGAAGGGCAAUGUGAGGGUAUCGACAUAGGGACUCCACUGUUUACGCAACUAAAGCUCAGUGUUGAUGCUGCCUCGGACAUCAACGUGUCCAUCUGGGCGCCAAUGGUGGAGAAGGUCUCUUAUUGGUUUUCAUAUAAAAAGUUGGCCCUUAUGUUUGGUUUUUGGUCACUUCAGAGCCUGAGGGUCGAUACGAUAGAGAACUACAAAUACAAAGAUGAAGGGCUCACCAAGGAAGGGAAAGAUGCAUGUUCGCAGCCCCCUCGUGUUCAUGUCCUAUGUUUGCAAAUAUCUGCGCGGGAUCAGUCUGGUCCGGUGCUGAACUUUGCUAGGGAGUUGGAGAAACUUCCACUUUCCAACUUUACAAUAUUGGCCCUAAAUCUCAAUGCGGAGGGACAUAUUUUAGCAGCAUUUGUGUCACGUAUCCUUGGGAUGCAUCACCUUCAAACUCGUAUACAAAGGCUUAAAGUUGUACUAUGCAGCUGGUCUGAGAUGUCAAAAUGUGUUAAACAAUGUCCUUGUAAUGAGCCCAAGAACUGGAGGAGCCAUAGUAUCUCCUUGACGCGCCUUGAAGAAGUGGAAAUUUACAAAUUCAAAGGAGGGGAUCAUGAGAUUGAUUUCGUGACAAUGAUACUAAGUUGGGCUCCAAUGCUUACAAGAAUGACCAUCAGGCUAACUCAUGAGAUUAAUCCAAGUGACAUUGGAGAUUGCGCCAAGAGUAUUUACAGAAUUUAUUUUGGUCAUCCUUUCGUUAACUCCUUCGUUUAUCUUAGCAAUGGGGAAUUGGUACUAUGCUCCCAGAUGUAAUGUUAUCUUGAAAAAGAGGCUAUCGAGCAUGACUGAAAUCAUGUGGUCUUUGUUUGUUUCCUAAAAGAAAUGUUUUCGGGAGUGGCAUGAAUAUUUUCCAUAUGGGGGAUACAAGUUGUGUGAUGGGUCCCAUACCAUGCUGAGUGUGGAACUUCUAUUACCUGUAAUAUUCCAUUGAAUGUUUUUUGUAUGGGAGAUUCAACUAUUUGUUUGCUCUUUACUCAAUCUCAUCUCUUGCUUGUUGUUUC